AUGACUGCUAAUGAUGCUAUGCAAUCAGACGCCCUGAUCCAAGGUCAAUGUUAUGUCAAGAAUCGAUUUCUAACUGUACUGUAUGACUUGGGUGCAUCACAUUCCUUUAUUUCUUUAACUGUUGCUCAAGUUAUUCUAGGAUUAGAUUGGUUAUCUAAGUAUCAUGUUUUCCUUUAUUGCUAUGAGAGAACUACUGUUAUUCCAUCUGAUAGUUUAGAUAUUAAACCAUUUCUGUCUCAUACUUUAUAUAAGAAUUUCGUAAGAGUUACCUUAGAUGGGAGUGAUUGUGAGGGGUACGUCCUGUUAGCGGCUAGCUUGAAUGACAGUGAACUAUGUUUAGAACGAAUCCGAGUGGUGAAGGAAUUUCAUGAUGUUUUCUCGGAUGACAUACCUGAGUUUCCCCCUCAGUAA